CGGUAACAAAAUAUCGAUACAACAAAUAAAUCAUAAAAUAGUUUAAUUCCUUUUAUGGGACAAAAAGGAUAAGGCUUUUCCUUCUGGGUUCCAAAAUCAAUUCAAUCCGCAUCACCACCCUCCAUUUCUCUCCAGAUGGGAUCGACUCUUCUUCCCCAGGCUUUAUGUUUGAUUUCAAGAAACCCUACACAAUGUCUCCCCCAAAAACUAGGGUUUUGUACUUCUUCUGUCUCGUUUCGCGCUUCGUUUUCGAGUUCUGGUGUUUUGUUUAGCUCUCCCAAGUUGCGGAACCGGUCUUUGUUAGUUAGAGCUGAAUCAGAAGGUACUGAAAGUGUGGCGGUUGCGGAGAAUGAGGAUGGUGAGGAGGAGGAGGCUGUUGUUGAACCCGAGCCUGAAAUCGAGAAAAGGAAGCCUAUUGUGAAGCUUGGUGAUAUAAUGGGGAUUUUGAACAAGCAAGCUAUUGAUGCGUCAGUGAGUGUGAGGCCUAUUCCUGACCUAAGAAGCGGGGAUAUUGUGGAAAUCAAAUUGGAAGUUCCGGAAAAUAGGAGAAGGCUGUCUAUUUAUAAAGGAAUUGUGAUCUCGAAGCAAAAUGCUGGUAUUCACACCACAAUCAGGAUUCGAAGAAUUAUUGCGGGGAUUGGAGUGGAAAUUGUGUUUCCUAUAUAUUCACCAAAUGUCAAAGAGAUCAAAGUAGUGAAGCACAGGAAAGUCAGAAGGGCUAGGUUGUACUAUUUGAGAGACAAGCUUCCAAGACUUUCUACUUUCAAGUAGUGAAAUACCUUCAGCGUAGGCUGAGUAGCGUUUUGUUGUAUUUAUAUUGUACAAGACAGCUUUUUGAUAAUAUUACUUGGCCGAUCCAAAAAUCAAACUUGUGUUGUAAUAUGGCUUUACUGCUUCUUAAGGUAAGAGUAGGAAAUUGUUGAUUCCUGAUUUGGUCUUUCUAACGGUCCUCAAAUAUUCCCACAAGUCAUUAAUUGUGUGUACUGUGUAUAACAUGGAUCAUGUUAGAAAUAUUAUUGUUGAUAUCAUAUUUUUGUUGUUGAUA